AUGGCGACCCAAGUCCACCAGCUAUCCCUCGGCCCACUCACGGCGCACUCGUUCAACGCUGAUCGAACCAAAGUCGCUGUCUCUCCCAACUCCAACGUCGUCCACAUCUACGCCCAAUCUGCCGCCGGCUGGACCCUCGAGCAUACUCUUGCUGAACACGACAAGCUCGUCACCGGUAUCGACUGGGCUCCUCAGUCGAACCGCAUCGUCACCUGUUCUCAGGAUCGAAACGCCUAUGUCUGGCAGCUUCAGCCUGACUCCCAGGCCGGCGCUCAGGUCUGGAAGCCCACGCUUGUGCUCCUACGUCUAAACAGAGCUGCUACGUUUGUACGAUGGAGUCCCAACGAGGACAAGUUCGCCGUUGCAUCCGGUGCAAGAAUUAUCAGUAUCUGCUCGUUUGAAGAGGAUAAUGACUGGUGGGUUGCCAAGCACAUUAAGCGUCCUUUGCGAUCUACGGUGCUUUCGAUAGAAUGGCACGAGAAUAAUGUGCUCUUGGCUGCUGGAUGUGCUGAUAUGAAGGCUAGAGUGUUCAGUGCUUACAUCAAGGGCGUUGAUGCUAAGCCUCCCCCCAGCGUUUGGGGUGAGAGGUUGCCUUUCGGUACGGUUUGCGGAGAGUUCUCCACUCCUGCUGGAGGUUGGGUUCACGGAGUCAGCUUCAGCCCCAGUGGCGAUGUGCUUGCUUUCGUUGGCCACGACUCGUCCCUUACUGUCGUUUACCCUAGUGGUCCUGAACAGCCUCCUGCAGCAGUCCACGUCAUCCGUUCUCCCACUCUGCCGUACGUCACUCUCACCUUUGUUAGCGAAAAGCAGAUCGUAGCUGCAGGACAUGACUGCCAACCAGUCCUUUUCCAAGGUGACGCCCAACAAGGUUGGUCCAUUGUGAAAUCACUCGAUGCUGCCGGAGCUGCCGCUUCCAAGGGCGCCCCUCCUCCUCCUCCUCCCAAAGCUCCCGGUCUCGCCGGUCCAGGCAGGUUGAACAAUGAAGCGUUCAACAGAUUCAAGUCUGCUGAUAGUAGGGGCGGUGCUGGCUCGCCCGCUCCUCCUACUCCAGGUGGUGCAGGUGGAAGCGUAGCUGGAGCUCUUGGUGCAGUUGCCGGUGCAAGCGUCGCUGCGGAUGGUGAACUACACACUACGCAUCAGAACACGAUCACUAGUGUGAGACCUUUCUCGGGUGCAAAGGGCAGUGUUGAUCAGGUGUCGACUUCGGGUGUCGAUGGAAGAUUGUGCGUGUUCAGUGUGGCUAAAGGUAUGCCGGUGGGUGGUAUUCAGAAGGGGUUGUCUAGUUUGCAGAUCUAA